AUGCCGUACAACACGCGUCGCAAAUCAUUGUCCCUGCCCAGCCUGGGUAUACACAUUCCCGUGACGCACGCUGCUCGCGCUGCCGCUGCCUCAACAAAGGCCCCGAGAAGACCUCCCUCUCCGUCGUCAUCGUCAUCGUCAUCUUCUCCAGCUACGUCGGCGCAUCUUUCAGACCCUUCAGUCGAUGCUAUGGACUCACAUCCAAGCAAGCGCCUCAAGCGAUCACACGGUGCCACCUCUGCGCCCGCUGAAGGCAUCGUCGAGCAAACGCCUCCUCCUUCGCCCACCCCGGCCACCAGCGUCGACAUGUCCGACUUGGACGCGAUACGCAAGGUUGAUCUCGAGGGUAUUAAUGAUGACAUUGUUGAGGCCUCAAUUGUUCAGCUGCAGUCGACAGCUAACAGACCGCACCUCAUCAAAGAAUUGGCGACUGUUCUCACCCAGACAUUGUCUUCUGUCCAACAAUCUGCCAAUCCGUGCGCCAUCAUCUCCUCCCGCUUAUCCUCAUACAUGAAACGGCCGUGCUGGACUGCUCUUGUUCCCUGCCCCCUGGCUAAAGAACUCGAGACUGUUCACCCCCGCCGCACGUACUUUUUUCUCACUACUUGCCCGCGACAGCCUCUUCCGGAUUCCAGCAUCACUCAGCCAAUCAAUCUCCCUGCUAUCGUCUCUCCCUCCGUAUCUUUGACCGAUGAUUCUGGAUCUGACGAUGUUGAUGGUCGCCGAAGAGAGUUGAGUCCUUCCCCUGAGGUAGACCUUUCGUCGCCGGAGUUUGGUGACAUGGAGGACGACGUGGGCAUGCCAAUUACGCCCAUGGGUUCUUUCAAAACUCACAAUAAUCACUUGAGACAUGGAAGAGACUUGCGCCGGGACUCUCCGCCUUUGGAAACUGAUGAACGCGAGUUCACACAAACUGCAGACGUUCUUCAAAAACGUAAAUUUACCCACGACAACACUCCUACUAGUUCUGAGACUGCCGAGCGUAACCCUACUAUUGAGUACGGCUAUCGCGACGAUAUGUGGUUCGGCGACCGUGCUCUUCCGACCGCUGCCUUUUUGACCAGUCCGGCUAUCAAGCCGAGUCCCUUGUCGACAAUGCGCAAAGACGACGAUGCUGACAGCUGGCUGAAGCUCAAUUUGCUCUUUGAAUGGGAUAGAACCGCAGAAAGCAUCGAGAUCGACGAGCUUGACUGCCUGUUGGACACUUGCUGA